AUGGGUAAAACAAAGAGGCUUCUCACCCCUGGCCCCUCACAAACGGGCUCACCGAGCCGCACCGCGGGUCCUAUGGACGGAUACCUCGGGACACCGCGAGACACGCGGGCGCACCAGGCCGCGGCCAAAAUGGCGCCGUCCUCGCCGGACGCCAGCAGCACAGACAGCCCAGCAAAAGGCCCAGCCAGAGAGGAGUCACUGACCCAAAUUGCAGCAGACUUGGCCACAAUAUCGGCAAACAUGAUGUCCAGGGCGGAUAACACAGAACUGCUGGCCGAAAUAAGAGCUGUUAUCAGAGAAGAGGUCAUGGAGGUGAGGAGAGACCUGACAGCACUGGAACGCAGGGUGGAGGAAUUAGAAGCAGAACGCGCCCAAAUCAUACAACACCGCCAAGCCACUGACACAGCCACUACUAGACAAGGCAAUGUCUUGCUGGAGCUAAGGAGGAAUCUGGAAGAUUUGGACAACCGCGGACGGAGGAACAACAUCCGCGUUAGGGGUCUCCCUGAAUCAGCAGGGGAAGCACUACCAGAGCUCCUGCUGGGCCUGUUCACCCACAUACUAGGAGACAGAGCCCCGGCAGACUUUGGAAUUGAGCGUGCACACAGAGCCCUGCGCCCCGUGACCGCUGAGGGGCCGCCUAGAGACGUAAUCUGCUACCUGCUCUCCUACUCGUUAAAAGACGAAAUCAUGAAAGAAGCAAGAAGUCAGCAGAACCUCACCUACAUGGAUGCCCAGAUUUCCCUAUACCAGGAUCUCUCAGUGCUCAUCUUGGAAGCGAGAAGGGCAUUGAGACCACUAACCACCCUGCUCAGAGAUCGGCGGAUACAAUAUAAAUGGGGAUUCCCCUUUAGCUUACAGGCAAAGGUGAGCAAUGUAUGGCAUAUCAUACGCUGGCCAGCAGACGUGCCGCGCUUUCUACGAGCCGCGAACCUCCCAGCCGUGACAGUCUCAAAUUGGGUCCUGGAGAGACAGCCACAACGCCCAAAUGCUCCAAACACUAGGCCGGGCACGGGCCUUACAGGGGCUGGGUUCCGUAGGGGCGGCCCGGACAGCCACAAGGAAUAACGGACUCAGGAGGCCAGGAGAGCGACGACUGGUGCACCCACCGACGGCGGCACUCCCCAGCAUUCACACCCUCAUUUUGACCCAGAAACCGCACCACAGUGAGACAGACCACCGGACCGCUCCCCCAGGGUCGCCCCGGAGAAGCACCCUCCGUAAGCAGAAGUUGACACACCGUUGGGUAUGUACUUACACCCCCAUCCUGGGCCCGUAG